GGUUCCCCUAGCUUUACAAAUAUUCCCUUCGCGGUUCCCAGUUGCCCACCGGGGACUGGUAGUGGAAGGAAAGCUCGCCGCCGUGCUCAGGUCGGGUGAGCGGGCGGCUACUGAGGGCGGGGGCGAUGGGCCGCGCCUUCCUCCACCGCGCGCUGGUCCUCUCGUCGCUGCUCCUCCUCGCCUCCGGCGAGAUCUUCUUCGAGGAGCGAUUCGAUGAUGGGUGGGAGCACCGUUGGGUGAAAUCUGAUUGGAAAAAGAGCCAAGGACAAGCUGGAACGUUCCGGCACACAGCGGGAACCUAUUCUGGAGAUCCUGAUGAUAAAGGUAUACAAACAACUGGGGAUGCCAAACAUUUUGCUAUAUCGGCAAAAUUCUCAGAAUUUAGUAACAAGAACCGAACAUUAGUGGUCCAGUACUCGCUAAAAAUUGAGCAGGAUAUUGAAUGUGGCGGUGCUUACAUCAAACUUAUGUCUAGCCAUGUCAACCAGAAGAAAUUUGGUGGCGACACACCUUACAGCUUCAUGUUUGGACCUGAUAUAUGUGGGGAUCAGAAAAAGAAGCUCCAUCUCAUACUUUCGUACCAGGGGCAAAACUACCCUAUCAAGAAAGAUCUAAAAUGUGAAACAGACAAGUUGACACAUUUUUACACAUUUAUUCUCAGACCCGAUGCCACUUAUAGCAUCCUUAUUGAUAACCGGGAGAGAGAAUUUGGGAGCAUGUACACUGACUGGGAUAUCCUUCCUCCUCGUAGGAUCAAAGAUGUUGAUGCAAAAAAGCCAAAAGAUUGGGAUGACAGGGAGUAUAUUGAAGAUCCUGAUCAAGUUAAGCCAGAGGGAUAUGACUCAAUUCCUAAAGACAUACCUGAUCCAAAGGACAAAAAGCCUGAGUCAUGGGAUGACGACGACGACGGUAUAUGGAAGCCUAGAAUGAUACCGAAUCCAGAAUACAAGGGACCAUGGAAGCGGAAGAAAAUUAAGAAUCCUAACUACAAAGGAAAGUGGAAGACCCCAUGGAUUGACAAUCCAGAGUUUGAGGAUGACCCAGACCUAUAUGUUCUGAAACCUUUGCAGUAUGUGGGGAUUGAAGUCUGGCAGGUCAAAGCCGGUUCUGUUUUUGACAACAUUUUGAUUUGUGAUGAUCCGGACUAUGCAAGACAUGUUGUAGACGAAACUUUUGCUGCAAAUAAGGAGGCUGAAAAGGAGGCCUUUGAAGGAGCUGAAAAGAAGAGGAAGGCUAGAGAAGAAGAGGAAGCACGGCGGGCGCGGGAGGAAGGGGAGAGACGAAGGCGAGAGAGGGAUAGGGACCGUGGCAGGGACCAUUACAGGGAUAGAUAUAAGCGUCAUAGGCACUACGACUACCAUGACGAGCUAUAGAUCUUGCGCCUUCGAAAUCUGCUGGGCAUCAUUUGUUCAUCUAUGGACUUCAUGAUUGUGUUAAUAAAUGUGCCACUUGGGGGCAAAGAUAUUUGAAGUCCUUAGCCGUGCUGUUACAGUCAUGGAGAGCACACGUACAGAAUUUGUAUGUUGUACACCUGAAUCAAACUGAAACUGCGAUUUCGUACAGCUUCAAACUGUAACUAAAUUUUCAUGUUGGCCAUGAAAUAUGAGCUGUAGCCUGUAUUUUUCGUGUA